CAAAUAUAAGUACACAGAUUGCAAAGCUUUAGUUACAGGGCAACCUUCAAGAUAUGUUGUUCUUCUCAAUAUCUUAAAUAUUUACUAAUUUAAAUAAAUUACCAGUGUCUUUCAAACAGAAGUGAUCUAAAAUAUUUUCUGGUUGUUUUUUUGUUUUUUUUCAAUCGGAUUAGAUCUCUAGAUCUAGAUUCGCGGAGUAAUACUCGACGUGUCACACCGUUCACUGCCUACAAUAACAAGCAAUCAAGUUGCUGAAGAAAAGAAGUGUUUAUUCGAGGGAUUUUUGUGUGUGUUGCAAUCAUCAAUACUGAUAUUUACGGUUUAUAUUUCUACGGAUUAAAUUAUAGAACUGAAAAUGGUGGAAGGUGGAAUGAAAUGUGUGAAAUAUUUGUUAUUUGUGUUCAACUUGAUUUUCGUGAUUGCUGGUAUUGGCCUGAUUGCUGCCGGCGCUUAUGUGAAAGUGAAAUUAGAUCAGUAUUAUGACUUCUUUGGAAGUGACUAUGUCGGCCCAGGCAUACUGUUAAUCAUUGUGGGUGUCAUCAUUUUCCUCCUGGCAUUCUUUGGCUGCUGUGGAGCCAUCAAGGAGAACUACUGUCUUACUAUGACAUUUGCUGUUUUCCUUGGCAUUAUUUUUGUGUUGGAGAUUGCAGCAGGCAUUGCUGGAUUUGUACUCAGAGAUGAUAUUGAUAGAGAGAUUGAUGAUAUCUUGACAAAAACCCUUCCCAAAUAUAACAACAGCAGUGGUAUUCGCAAGACUUGGGACUCUUUGCAAGAUGAGUUUCAUUGCUGUGGUCCUGACAACUACACACAAUGGAAAAGUAUGGGUAUCUUUUCUGGUGAUAACCUACCUGCCUCAUGCUGCAAAGAUAGCAAAUUAGCUUGUUCAACCAAUGACACUUCAAAUAUUUACAAUGAAGGUUGUGUGAGUAAAUUUGAGGAUUGGCUAAAGGACAAGGUAGCAAUCAUUGGAGGUGUUGGAAUUGGUCUGGCUUUUGUACAAGUGGUUGGAAUAUUGUUUGCCUGCUGCUUAGCCAGAGCCAUAAAGAAAGAAUACGAAGUAGUCUAAGCUGUCAUUGUAUCAACUGUUUCUAAUCCAUAGAGUUAUCACCUUUUUUUUUUUUGUAGCAUUGAGUUCUUGUAUGAUUGUUUCUAUUUUUAAUAAUUAACAUGCUUGUUCAAAGGAAACCAUUGCUAUGAUGGUAAUGCCAAAAAAAAAUGGUUGUAUGCAUAAUUAUUAGACAAAUUUUUGUCUGUUAAAUAUUCUAAUUUAUGUUUGGUAAAAAGUUCAAAAUAGUAGCUCUGAUUAUAAGUUAAUUGAAAUGUAGAAUGAUGAAGUUAAUCAAUAACAUGUAAUUUUGUAUGAUAUUUUUAUUGUUAGAUAAUUUUUAUACUUUUAAUUUUUUUGAAAAUUGAUAAUUACAAAAACAAAAUUAAAAAAAACUGUUUGAAGAGAAGGUUAAGAAAAAACAACUUAGCAUAAUGGAUAUUAAAGAAGCUAAGAUUCAAGCAUUUCUGUGUAGUAUAGGCCUAUCAGCUACUUACCAGGCUACUUUGACUAUAUUUAGUUGUACAUGUUGGUAAUCAGCAUAUUGUCAUGUAACAACAUCCUCAUAAGCUAUUGUGUGCACUUGUCUCCUCCCUCCCCUCCCCCCUUUUUUUUUUCUUCUUUUAUUGCUGUUGUCAUUUUUCUGUCCUCUGCUGUAUUGUAUUUUGGUGAAUUGAGAGCUCAUUUUGUUGAAUGUUAAGAUGUGCGUGAAUGAUUCUAUCAAUAUCACACAUUACAGAUUAUUUUUUUUUUUUACAAAAUAUAAAAUUCAAAUUAAAACUUCUCAUUCUACCCUUUA